AUGAAGAUGGAUGAAGGCGCCAACGUCAUGCAUCACUGCAACGAGGUCCUGAACACCGCUGCCAAGCUUAGCAGCAUCGGUGCGAAGAUGGAGGACGAGGACGUCGCAAUUUGCCUGCUGCUCAGCCUCCCUAAGAGUUUUGAGAACGUUGUUCUAAACUUGGAGAUGAGCAGCGCGGAGCUUCGUACCCAAGAUGUGGUGAAGGUGCUCACGAAUGAGCACACCAAGCGCCAAGGGGAGAAGACGACAACAACAGCGACGAUGGUCAAGACUGAAGAUGCAGCCAAGGCCUUCAACACUGAGCGCGAGCCAUACAAUUGCACCUACUGUGGGAAGGUGGGACACACCGUCGAUCGCUGUUGUUCCAAGCAGAAGAAUGAAAGUCGAGGAGCCGACGCGGCGGCAAUGGUCGUGGACGCGGGGCAAACAAUGUCUAGUGGGGACAAUAUCGUGAUGAAGGCAGCGAGUACGAUCAAGUAG